UUAUUUUUAAUACAUUUAAAAAAUGAUUUUGUACUCCCUCUCUCUGGAAUGAACUGUUCACCCUACAACGCCAUGAGCGCUAGAGCUCUUCUCUACUCCUUAUCUGUCACGCCCAAGACCCCACCCGAUGUUUCAGCCCGAAAGAAAAAUCCAUGUUCCGAUGUCAAACCCAGGUACCCUUUUCCUUUUCGGAUUCGGGUACGCGCAUCCUCCCAAGAAUGUUGCUCUGUAUUUCGGGUCUCCGCACUUCGAAGUUCCGGGGGGAGAAGAGGCGGGAAAGUGUGGGCUGAUGUUAAAUCGAAGCCUUACGAUAUUUCAAGCUCAGCUUCCGAUUCUGUGAAAUUUGAGGAGACUCAUGACGGCGUCGUGUUGGGGGAUGAAGAGAAGGACAGUUCAGUUCCCUGGUUGGAACGGUUUCCCAAAAGAUGGGUCAUUGUCGUUUUAUGUUUCUCAGCUUUCCUACUCUGCAAUAUGGAUAGGGUAAAUAUGAGCAUUGCCAUACUUCCAAUGUCAGCAGAGUUCAAUUGGAACCCAACCACAGUUGGUCUGAUACAGUCUUCUUUUUUCUGGGGCUACCUCCUUACUCAGGUUGCUGGUGGCAUAUGGGCAGACACAGUUGGUGGAAAGCUGGUCCUGGGAUUUGGUGUAGUUUGGUGGUCGAUUGCCACAGCUCUCACUCCUAUUGCUGCUAAAGCUGGGUUGCCUUUCUUACUUGUUGUUCGGGCUUUCAUGGGGAUCGGUGAGGGUGUUGCUAUGCCUGCCAUGAAUAACAUUUUGUCAAAAUGGGUUCCUGUAGCAGAGAGAAGUAGAUCAUUAGCAUUAGUGUACAGUGGGAUGUACCUUGGGUCAGUCACUGGCUUGGCAUUUUCACCGUUUUUAAUCCACCAGUUUGGAUGGCCAUCAGUCUUCUUCUCUUUUGGUUCUCUAGGGACAGUUUGGUUUGCUGUGUGGCUAAGUAAGGCACAUAGUUCUCCUCUUGAGGAUCCAGAACUGCUGCCUGAAGAGAAGAGGCUGAUCAUCUCCAACAGUGUUUCCAACGAACCUGUUAAAACAAUACCUUGGGGACUGAUUUUGUCAAAACCACCUGUAUGGGCCCUAAUAAUGUGUCAUUUCUGUCACAACUGGGGGACAUUUAUUCUUUUGACAUGGAUGCCAACUUACUAUAAUCAAGUCCUGAAGUUCAAUCUUACGGACUCUGGGCUUAUUUGCGUUUUGCCUUGGCUCACAAUGGCAUUUUCUGCAAAUCUUGGAGGGUGGAUUGCUGAUACGCUAGUUAGCAAAGGUUUAUCUGUGACAAAAGUUCGGAAGAUCAUGCAAACAAUUGGAUUUCUUGGUCCUGCUUUCUUCUUAACUCAGUUGAGCCAUGUUAAUUCUCCUGCAAUGGCUGUUCUGUGUAUGGCAUGUAGUCAGGGUACUGAUGCAUUCUCACAGUCUGGUCUAUAUUCAAACCAUCAAGAUAUUGCCCCUCGAUAUUCUGGAGUAUUGCUUGGUCUAUCCAAUACUGCUGGAGUACUGGCAGGUGUAUUUGGUACAGCGGCAACAGGCUACAUCUUGCAACAUGAUGACGUAGAACUUUAUAUUGUCCCUAAAAUUGCACCCAUCCAAUUUCCCAAUGAGAAAAAGCUGUUUAGUGGUGUUCUUUAAUUGGUUCUUGGGACGAUGUUUUCAAGGUUUCUGUUGGGCUCUACUUGGUUGGCACAGUUGUUUGGAACCUUUUUUCGACCGGGGAGAAAAUCUUGGAUUAACUCGGAUACGUCCCUGAUCCUUCAUAUGCGGCAGUUCAAUCCUGAGAUAAUGUAGAAGAGUUCAACUGCAAGGAGUAUCUGAAAGAUGAAAAAGCAAGAAAUCAAAUUAAAGGAAAGUACAAAUAUCGUCUUUAACGAUAUUCUUUUGCCGUAGUGCAACACAAUUUCCCAGAUGGAGCAUGAAGCUUGAAUUCAGAAGAAGUAAUGCCUCCACCACUUGGACACCAUCUCAGCAGAGAAAGGAUAGAUAUACACAAUUAAUUACCCGCCUGUAAAUGUUGUAUUUAAGCCAACACAUCAAUUUUGCGAUUAUGUUCAUAUUUGAUUUCAAGAAUACUGUUUCAUCAAUCUUUUCUUCUGGAUUCCAUGGCUAUAUACUUCUUUCAUUCUGGUACA